UCCGUCCAAGUACGAAUCGAUCGCUUGCAGUGAGCGAGUCCCGUAAACGAAAUCCGAAGCAACCCAAGUAAAUCAAUUCCCAGCUGCGAAAUGUACGCCCAAGUGUGCGUACUCCUCCUGGCCGUUGGCCUCAGUCAGGCCUUUGCGUCGGAGCCCGUGCUCUUGCCGCAGGAGCAUUUAAUGCGGCUCGUGAUGCAGUCCCGGGACGCCGGAAGCGACGCUUCCCACACCCUCGAAUGCCUCGCCUACUAUAUGGCGGAAAUAAACGCGGCCGCAGAAAAAUUAGAUACGGACACCAAGCAGUGCAUCAGCGAGGCGCAGAUCAAGGUGGAAGCCAUCGUCGAUACCACCCAGCCCAACCGCACUGCCAUCGAAAACUCCGGUGCAAGCUCCUGUGAAGCCCUCAAUGAGUGCAGCUCUCUUGCUGACCCCAAGGAUUACUUCACAUGCACCGCCCAAGCCGGUUCCGCCAACGCCAAGUCCAUGUUCACUAUCUCCGCCGAUUCCAAUGAGCUGGUGGCCCAAAUUGAGGAGACGCGCCGCUUAAUCACGGUGUGGCAAAACGAUUGCACCAACAAGACACAGCGCGAAUAUGCCGAGAACAGUGCUGCCCUCUACGAGGGUAUGGGCGAUUGCAUGGCCGGUGGUGAUGUUCCAACGACGGGACCAACACCGGGACCAGACCCGAGCACCACAUCCUCCCCCGGAACAGACCCGAGCACCACAUCCUCCCCCGGACCAGACCCGAGCACCACAUCCUCUCCCGGACCAGACCCGAGCACUACAUCCUCUCCCGGAACAGACCCGAGCACCACAGACACCACAGAAUCAUCAACAACAGAGUCGUCCACUGAGGCAUCUACCGAGAGUACCACAGUGUCCUCUACCGAGAGUACCACAGUGUCCUCUACCGAGAGUACCACAGUGUCCUCUACCGAGAGUACCACAGUGUCCUCUACCGAUAGCUCCUCAGCUUCGACAACCGAACAAUCCACGACAGCUGAGCAAUCCACGACAACUGAACAAUCCACGACAGCCGAUGAUUCGGACAACAAGGAGUCGCCGCCUGAAGAGGACUUGGAUCAUCUGAUCACCAAGAUCGAGACACAGGGUAACGCAGAUCUGAAACAGAUUGUGAAGAACAUCCAGCAGUGGCUCAAGCGGUACUAAGCCUGUACCUUCUUAAGCUUUCAGUAUAAAAGCCUAACAAUAAAAAAGCAUACAUAUGUA